GGCCAUCUAUAACAUACUAAAAGUUAACCUAAAGGUGAAACCACCCCUUUAAGUUCCUCGCAUACAUGUAUGUAGCCAAAGGAGCUGCCAUAUAUAUUAUCUAUAGAUUCAAACUGGAUUUAUGGCUGCUGGAAACCUUACAACAGGGAGCCAUGGGCAACAUUCUGCUCAGCUCAACUUGUACAAUAACGAUUAGCAACUGAAUCACCAAAAAUCUGUAUAUUUGUAUAAUCCCCAUCCCGUGUCCAUGAUCUGCGGCCUUGUGGGUGAAUGGUGCUAUUAUGGCACGUAGCCGCCUCCCUGAAGCUAAUGAGUCACGAUUAGCUUUCCGGCCUGGAGCCAAGUUUAAUAAUAAGGAGAAAACAAAUGGAGCUGUAGCUCUUUUAUAGUGAGCCUGGGUGUUUGCACAUUAGUGCUCCAGUGCAAAGUGUUUCACAAGUACACGUGCGACUCUCUAUAAACAGGUGUUCUGCUUUCAUAAGGGAAAGGGGGGCGGCUUUAGAAACCAGUUCAGUUUCGGAAAUAUACGACUCCGGAGCUCAUUUUUAACCCAAAAUUCUUUCAUGCUGCCACCUGCUUGUGGCCUGUCAUUGCUCUACUGCCUUUAAAGGGGAAGUUAACCUUUUUCAAUAUAAUUUUUUUUUUUUGCACAAAAUAACUUUCAUUAUUGCAGGUGUCCAGUUUUGCAGUGGCCCUAUGGUUGCCAGGGUGUCUCUUAUCCUGGCAACCAGGCAGUGGUUUGGAAGUCAGAAUGCUAGAUAGGAUGCAUUAGAUAAAGUAUAGGCAUUGGAUACAGUGUAGGCUUUGGAUACAGUGUAGGCUUUGUGGAUACAGUGUAGGCUUUGUGGAUACAGUGUAGGCUUUGUGGAUACAGUGUAGGCUUUGUGGAUACAGUGUAGGCUUUGUGGAUACAGUGUAGGCUUUGUGGAUACAGUGUAGGCUUUGUGGAUUCAGUGUAGGCUUUGUGGAUACAGUGUAGGCUUUGUGGAUACAGUGUAGGCUUUGUGGAUUCAGUGUAGGCUUUGUGGAUACAGUGUAGGCUUUGUGGAUACAGUGUAGGCUUUGUGGAUACAGUGUAGGCUUUGUGGAUACAGUGUAGGCUUUGUGGAUACAGUGUAGGCUUUGUGGAUACAGUGUAGGCUUUGUGGAUACAGUGUAGGCUUUGGAUACAGUGUAGGCUUUAUGGGUGCAGUUGUAGGGUUUAGAGAUACAGGGGCUUAUUUAUAAACAGUGGGCAAAUUUGCCCUUGGGCAGUAACCCAUAGCGACCAAUCAGUGAUUAUUUCAUCAGCCAGCUGCAUUCUGAUUCGUUGCCAUGGGUUACUGCCCAGGUGUAAAUUUGCCUACUGUUUAUAAAUGAGCCCCACUGUGUAGGCUUUAUUAUCAUCCCAUCUUAUGGAAGUUCCAGAAAUCCCCCCUCGGUGCCUGUGCCAUUGAAACAAAGCCUGUUCUGAGAGAGGAAGUAGUAACCCGUGGAAGUAGUAACCCGUGGAAGUAGUAACCCGUGGAAGUAGUAACCCGUGGAAGUAGUAACCCGUGGAAGUAGUAACCCGUGGAAGUAGUAACCCGUGGAAGUAGCUGCUACUUGUGAAGACCAACUGCAAUUCCAGGGGCUGCAUUGACUUCCCUUAUGUGGCCUGGGAGUCAGAAGAAUUUCCAACAAUGGGGACAUUUACACCAGCCGGCUGGGAAGACCGGCCUGUGAAACGCGUCACCAUGAGCGGGGUCCUAAAGCGCAAAUACCAGGAGUUGGAAGAAAACUCCAACUACUCGUCAUCCUCCGCCUCUCCGUCCUCCUCCCAGACGUCAUCGGGCAGCGACUCGUCGGACGAGGAAUACAGCCACGACCCCAAGCUCUUCUGCACAGAUUUUACCCCCACAUCCAUAUUGAAGAAAGAGAAGCGCUUUAAAAAGAACAAGGUGUUGUUCGACCGAGUGGUGGUGUUCUACUUCCAGCGAUGUCAGGGGUUCACCAGCGUCCCCAGCCGAGGGGGCUGCACUCUUGGAAUGAAGCACAGGCAUAGGUACAGUCGGCAGUUCACUCUGGAAGAGUUCUCCAAGGAGCAACUGAGCCGGAGGAGGGAAAAUCUAAAAGAGAAGUUAAAAGAGGAGAAGCUGGAGUCGCUGAGGAAUAUGCUAACCCUGAAUGGCACCAUCGUGUCUCAAAAAGCCAACAACCUCUCCAUCGAUGACAUUUGUGAUGAGGACAUCGACAUGAACAGCGCCGAGGUCGAAGACGGUUUCUCUCCUCGCGUGUACCCACCCAAGGAACGGCGGGCUUUGCUCAAAAGGGAAGGCGUCAAGAAGAUUGACAAAUCUGAGAAGCACGAGCUCAAUGAAAUCCGGCGCUCCAAGGAAGACUGCGGCUGCAACUGUCAGGAUUUUUGUGAGCCGGAGACCUGCAGUUGUAACAUAGCUGGGAUUAAGUGUCAGAGGGACCAUUCGAUGUUCCCAUGCGGAUGUACUAAAGAUGGCUGCGGCAACCCAAACGGAAGAGUGGAAUUUAAUUCAUCCCGGGUUCAAACCCACUUCAUCCACACCGUCAUGAGGCUGGAGCUGGAGGAGAAGCAUCAAAAUAACGACCGCAAAUUAGAAGCUGAGGAAUCCGGGAAUGAGCGGCUAAAUCCAUUUGUGGGGGUGCCUGUGGGAAAAAGCUCAAGUGAGGAGAGGGCUGCGCCAUUAACGCCGGCGUUCCAGUUCAGCAUGGAUAUGGAAGUCGCAGGGGAGGACAGCUGUAGCAGCGAUAUGACCGACACCUCUUCUUCAUCCAAUCAGAGCGAAGACUCCGAAGAGCCAUAUGAAGCCGUUCCCUCAGAUAAAUCCCAGUCUGAUGUCGACGAUGACUACCUGGCGAGAAUUCUUCAUUUCAACGACUCCGAAUACGAGGAGAACAGCGGCGACUGUCAAGAUAAUCUCAGCUUUUUCCACCCGGCGGACUUUUUUUGCGACAAUGUUUACCAGUCAAUGUCCGGCACAGAAAAACCUGCUUCUGGCUCCUACUCCGGCUCUUUUUCGAAAUGCAUUGACGAUAACGCCAACCAGGACUCCAGCUGUUUUUCUGACGACGUGGCGUCUUUAGAGACUUCUGUGGAACCUUCGGAUUCUAGUUCCGCGCAGGCGGAGUCACCCUCCAAAAGCUACACAGAUAUCAGCCUCUCCUCGGAUCCUUUGGAUUUAUUUCAGUCUUAUCCAGAUUACAAUCUUGGACCUCUCUACAAUUCCUUGAAGGAAUAUGAGAAUUUGGACAACUUAUCCUUUCAGCUACCUACCUUCCCUGGAAUUACUCCAUCGGGAGACCAGACUACUUGCUUUCUGGAAUCCUUAAUUGGGCUCUCUGAAUCCAUUCCGGAUACCCCCAUCCCUUUUACGGACAAUCAACUGUUGGAAGAUGCCUUUAAGUCGUCCUUAAUGGAAACUAUGACCGUCUAAAAGAGGGAAAAAAAAAAAAAGUAUAAGUACAAAUUUUGGUUUAAAAAUCGAUAUAUUGAUAUGGGGCCGUGCAAGGAACAAUUCUCAAUUACUUUUUUUUUUCCAGUGGAAAAAACAAAGCUUUUUUUGGAAUAUUGCCACUGGGAACUGUUUACCCCACGUCCGAUUUGAACAAAAUCUCCACCUUUUUUUUCUUUUCUAUAUAAGCGACUUUGUACAUAAGACGUUAAAGAUAAAAUUAUUUAUUUGUAGACCUUUACAACACAAUUCUUGUGGUCGUACAAAUAUACCAUUGGAAUACUUUUCGAUUGCUUUUAAAACAAACUUUUUAUGUAUUUAU